GACUCUUCUCACCACAAAAAAAGAGACAGUCGCGUUUCUGCUGACAUCAUCUCUCGCAAGGCAAAUCGUAAAGGUACCGAAAAAAAAACCCGACCUCUUCUCCGUUCCAAUCAAAUAGACAAAUACAAGCACACCCAUAGGAUCCCCAUGUGUGGGUGGAUCCAUCAUACCAUACCAUAGAUACACCCCGAUACAUUUCUAAUCGCCUUGAGUGGCACACCUGAAAACGGAUUGAAGCCUGGUUUCUUUUUGUAAUAUUUAUACAUAUAUAUUACCCCUCUUUAGGUGUGCCGUCGUUUGUUCCUUUGGAAUAGUGAGCCGCACACGGCUUACAUGUCGUACGCGCAGCCUCCCCCGCUGCGAAGACCGCGGCCGUCGCCAGCCGUCGCGUCUGCCGACUUGAAUGUUGUCUCAAGUAUUCACCAGGCCAACGCCCGCCUCAUCGCCGCCGCCGCCGCCGCCGCCGCGCGUUCACGCAGUCGCGACGCUGCGGCACCGCGGCGGAAACAAGGUGACGAACUUUCGAUCCUCGCCGGCUCGUCACCGAGUCCGCGUGUUCCGUCGCCACCGCAGGCGGACCGUCAAGUGGCGCCUCGCUCAUCGACGUCUCCACCAGCGAGUAUGACGACGGCCGCUCCCUCCUUCGCCGGCUCCACGACGGCCUCGCCGCGGGAAUCGACCUCGCCGUCCAGCACGCAUGCACGCCCGCCUCUUCUCCUUCCUCGUCCUGCUUCUCAGCAUCGCGACGUGGCGGUGCAUAUCGACAUGUCCCCACCGGACGCACGGCCUGCAGCACCACGAAUGGAGGCGAGCUCACCCGAUGUUGUGCGCUUUCUAUCAGAAGAGAGUGGCCCAGCAACGACAGUCAUGCCUCGUCCGGCCAUCGACCAUCACAAGAGCCUCGAGGACGAACUAAACCGCACGCGCCGACAGCUGGAGGAGGUGCAGCGCCUCUACAGCUACGAGAAGAAGACCCACUUGCAGCAGCGCACGCGGCAGUUGCGUGCGGAGGCCGAGCAGCGCCGCACCGACGACGACGUCGUGGCGCAAACCGCGCAGCUGCUCACCGAUUAUGAAGAGCUGAUCCGUUUUCGCGAUGUGGCGAGCGCAGAGCACCUGGAGGCGGCCAUGCAACGUGUCUCGCAGGAGUGGCGGCGCUGCGCCGCGGAGCUGGAGAAGACGCGCGACGACUGUGCCACCUCCUUGCUGGGUCGUCUGCAAGCGUCGUGCGCGGCGCAUCAGGAGACGCUGAAGCACGCGCUGCAGCGGCACUUAGUCACCACGGCGCAGCACAACGUCGAGACAGAGGCGGCGCAGUUUCAGGCCAUUGCCACGGCAGUGCAGGACCAGGUGGGGUCUUUCAAGGCUGAAUACCGCGCCAUCAUCGAGCAGGACAUGGAGGAGCGCACACGGCUGAUGGAUGCGCAGGCGGCACGGCGUGAGCAGCAGUGGUUGCAGUUUCUCAAAGAGGAGCACGCCCGCAUGAUCGCAACCGGGGAGGUAGCAGCGCGGGAGUCCAGCCGCCGCCAACUGGAGACCCUGCACGUGGCGAUGCGCGACAUCACGGAGCUGCGUGAAAACCUAUUAAAAGAACAUGCCCAGCGGCAGGCGGCGGUCGGCCGGGAAUACGUGGACUCAUACGAACAGCUCGCGGAGGAAUACGCGGCCGCGGCGCAGGAGACGGCCGAGUACGUGCAGCGGGUGCAGCAGGAGUACGCCGACGUCAUCAAACGCCUCCAUGGCGAAGUGAGUCGUGUGGUAGCGGAGAAGCAGGCGGUGGAGCGCGAAGGGCGACAGGCGGCCAUGCACGCGCAGGAGGCCAUAGCGGCACAACAAAGCACCAUAGAGACGCACGCGGAGGCGCGCUGGCAGACGCGGUUGGCAGAGGAGCGAGAGAGCCACCGUGCGGCAUUGGCCCAUCUCACACUCCAACACGAAGAGCGUCUUCACGAGCUGCAAGUCGCGUACAACAGCAAGGAAGCAACGUUGAUGGUGCAGUACGACGCCGAGCUCUCCACGCUGCGCGACGAACUUGCGCAGCAGCGCGAGGAGCAGCAUGGGCGUGCGGAUGCGGUGCAGGAUCGGCUUAAAGCGGCGGUGCAUCGCCUCGAAGACGAAAAAGAAUCGCUUUUCAAGGAAGUGAUAUCGCUGAAGGACCAGCUCUGUGAGGAGAAGUGUCUGCAUGAGGCGGCGAAGCUGGAAGUAGGGCGCGAACAGGAAGAGCGCUUUGCGGCGCAGCUGCGUGACCUCGACGCGCGCUACGAAGCCGCGUUGCAGAAGUACAAAGCACGGACGACCACAACAGCAAUAGCAGUGGAAGAAGGAGAAGACGGCAGCGGAGCCACAUCGGGGUCAACGUGCAACAACGCUGCAGCCGCUGCCACUACCACCACCACCUGCGCACACGCGUUACACCGCAUCGUGGAGUUGGAGGAGGAAUUGCAGCAAACACAGCGCCAGCACGCCGCGGAGCUGAGCCAGGCCGUGGACGCAACAACGUCACUGUGGUCCGCACGACUGAAGGACGCGCAGCAGCGACAGACGGACGAGCGGGACGCGCUGGAAGCCCAGUACGGGCGUCUGCGACAGACACUUCUGGAGGAGGUGCGAAGGCGCGAGGAGGCGGUGGAGUCUCGCUGUGCCGCUCAGCGAGAGGCGCAUCAACGGGAACUGCAGGAAGCCGUUGUUCUUGAAAAGGAAGAGGCAAAGCGGGCCUUGCAGCAGCUGCAGCGUGAGCACGACGAGCGCAGGAGUCAAACGGAGGCCGAUCUGACCGCUCAUGCGCAGCGUCGUGAAGACGCCGUUGCGGCGCGGGAGGAGAAGCUGGCCGAGGCAGAGGCCGACUGGCAGCGCCGUCGCGCCGACGAGCGUCAUGACCUCUUAGAAACACUCCGGCAGCACGUGGCGGCCGAGUGCGCCGAGCAGCAGUGCCUGCUGCAGGAAGGCGAGGCACGGCUGCGCGAAGAGCAAGACGCGCUGGCGAAGCAGCAACUCCGUCGUGCGCACGAAAUUCGUGUUGCGGUGCAACAGGAAGAGAAGACGAAGUUCGAUGCGCAGCUGCACGACGCGCAGGAGCGCUGGAUGCAGCUCAUGGAAGCAGAAGCGCGGCAGCGCUACGCAACGUGGCAGGAGGCACGGACGGCGGAGAUGGAGUCGAUGAAGGCUCUCCACCAAAGCGAAGUGGCUCUUCUCCGCGGCUACUACACAGCGCAACUGCAGAGCCUGCGCAGCUGCCACGAGCACCACGGCGAGGUGCUUCGCCAGGAAAUGCUCGCGCGAGAGACGGCGUGGGCCGCCGCACGAGCCGCCUCGCUGGACGCCUACGAGACGGCGGCGGCGGAUCGCCUGCGAGACGUGCUGGAGCGCGAAAAGCGUGAGUGGGACGCCGCACAGCAGCAAAGGAUCCAGGUCGCCGGUGCAAGCCUUGACAGCGUGGCGCAGGGUGCCGUGAGUGCGCUGGCGGCGACAGAAACCGAUCGGCGGCGCGUGGAGCAGGAGCUGCGGGAGGUGUACCUCACCGUGCUUCAAGAUCAGGAAAGGAAGACGGCGCAGCAUCUGGCCGAGCUGCACGCGGAUCAUGAAAAGGACCUAGCGAAGCUGCGGCAGGACGGCGAGGAACGUUCGCAGCGACAGGCGACGCAGCUGCGGGAGGAGUUCAAACAGCGAUCCGCCCAGCAGGAGGAACAUCUCAAGAAGGUCGUGGCGUCGCAUGAAGCGGCGAUGGCAGUCCUUCGCGCUGAGCAGGCGGAGCAGCUGGCAGCGCAGCGCACCGCCGCGCAAGAGGCGCUCCUGCACGCCCACCAGCAAGCGAGCGACGCACAACGCGCACGGGAGGCGGUGACGGAAGCCGCUCGGCGUGAGGCAGACGAGGAACAUCGUCGACAGCUGCACGCACUGCAGCAGCAAUGUGAUGCCCAGGCGGCACAGCUGAUCCGCAAGGAGGCAGACGUCCACGCUCAGGCGCAGCGCAUCCGUGAGGAGCAGCAGGCGGCGCUACGGCAGGAGUACGAGCGGAGUCUGGCGAGUCUGCGCGAGGCGCUAGAGGCGCGGAAUAAGUCGUACGCCUCCCUACAGGCUUCCUUCUACGAGCAAGUGCACACGGAAGCCACGCGCAUCAGCGCGGCGAUGGAGAAGGCGUAUGGGAAGUUCACAGAGGAACAGCGAACGCAACUCGCUGAUCGACUGGCGGCGCAGGAAACUGCGCAGAUGGAGCAGCAGCGAAGUCAGCAGGAACAGCUGGCACGUCUGCAGCAGCAGCACGAGGCGGCGCUGACGGCUCAAACAACGAAGAUUCGAGACGAGCACAACAACGCAUGCGCGAGGCUGAAAGCCGCCUUCGAUGCGCAGCAGGCGGAAUGGAAGAAGCUGCUCGAGGCAGAGCGAGCACAACGUGCGGCAGCGGAGAGCACAGUGGAAGCGCUGACUGUGCAGAUAGCCCAGCUGCAGGUGACCCAAGAGCAGCAACAAGCCGCGGCCUACCGCGCGUUGGAUCACGAAUACCGGCAUUUGCUUGACCAGGCGGUGGGGCAGCUGCAGGAGGAACGCGAGGCGGUGGCGCGGCGGUCGCUGGAGGAGGCAGAGCGGCAUUUUAUGUCAGAGCUGUUGCCUCUGGUGCGCCACCCGGGCGAUGACAAUGAUGAGCAGCAGCAGCAGCAGCAGCGCACCGUGUCCUUUACGCCAUCUACCUCCACCCCAACGCCGUUGCCGCCGUACGUGAGCCGAGACGUCACCCCGCCCCCGGCCUCCCCCACUCUUCGUUGGCGCACGACCCCGCCUCCGCUCUCACCGGCUGGGCCAGUUGAGUCUGCGGAGGCGGCCGCGUCUCGUCUUCCCCCUUCACCACACCCGCCAACUCCAUCGGCACCUUCAUCACCGCAGCAGCGAGAGAAGGAUCAGCAGCGUCUGCAGCAACUGUGGGACGUCUUGGAAGUCCCGCCAGACGAGCGACACGCCUUUCUCGAUUACGUACACUCACUGGAAGGCGGCGGCGCCGAAGAGGGCACACUACACGAGCCGCGGCAACGCGCGUGGACGGCAGAACUGCAGCGGUUAGAGGCGCAACUGCCACUGCUGGAAGCGCUGACGCGACGCGACUACGUGGCGCGACAACUGCGCGCUCUGCGCAGCACACCGCCGCUGGCCUCAGUGGCCGUGAACAAGUCCGCUGGGCGAAAACAACAGCAGCUGCAGCAGGAGGAGAGAAAAAAGAAAUCAUCAGGAAGAAAAGCGGAGGGCGAAGACCUGCCGCCGCCGGUGUACGAGCGGCUAGCGGCGGAGCUGGCGCGGCUGACGGAGCAGCUGCGGCACGACGUGACGGCGCAUGAAACGCUGUACGGUCAGGUGUUCCGCUACAACGGCAGGCGCGUGAUGGAGGUGAUUGGAAAAUGA